UCCCUGCAGUGGUCGUGGACUCUCCCCGACACACGCCCAUUGAGACGGAGAGUUUUUCAUGAAUCAGCGCGAUGAGUGUGUUCAUCUCUCCAUCAGUCAGUUCACUUCAGCUCUCAGUUUUAGAGCAUCAUGACUCGAGCCGUGCUGAACAUCCUCGCCGCUUUUAUUCUACUUCUGUCUCGAUGCUGCGACGCAAACCGCAAACUCCUGGUGUUUCUGAUCGAUGGCUUCCGUUAUGAUUACAUGGACGAUUUACAGAACUUGGCCGGAUUUAGAGAAAUCGUGGAAAACGGUGUGAAAGUUGAUUACAUAACUCCAGAUUUCCCCAGUCUGUCCUAUCCGAACUAUUACUCUCUAAUGACAGGACGCUACUGCGAGGUGCACCAGAUGACUGGGAAUUACAUGUGGGAUAAAGACACCAUGAAGGAGUUCCUGAUUGGAACUAAUUCAGACAGCCGUCUGCCCAUGUGGUGGGACGGAUCAGAGCCGCUGUGGGUCACCAUGCAGAAGCUAGGAAAGAGAGUCUACAUGUACUACUGGCCAGGUUGUGAAGUGACAAUUCUUGGAGUCAGACCUACAUUCUGUGAGGAAUAUGUGUACAAUCCUUCAGAGAAGAACCUGACCGACUCCAUGGAGAGCGCUCUUAAUGUGUUAAAGAGCAAUAAAGCAGACAUGGCUGGUAUUUAUUACGAGAAGAUUGAUGUGGAAGGACAUCACUUUGGGCCGCGCUCUCCGGAAAUACAGCGUGCUAUUCGCUCACUGGACCAGGCUUUCCAGAUCCUCAACCAGAAAAUCAAGGAGAAGAAUAUGAGAGAUGAUAUAAACGUGGUCCUGUUCUCUGAUCAUGGCAUGACGGACCUCAAGUGGAUGGAGAAAGUCAUUGAACUGGACAAGUACAUUGACAUGUCGCACAUCAUUAAAAUGAUGGACAGGGGGCCAGUGGUCAGUCUGUGGCCCAAACAGGACAAGUUUGAAGAGAUAUAUCAAAACCUGAGCACAGUGGACAACAUGAAUGUUUAUAAGAAACAAGAGAUCCCAGACCGCUUCCACUACAAGAACGGGAGGUUCGUCUCGACGCUGACGCUCAUCGCAGAGCCCGGAUGGUUUAUCACCGAGAAUAAAGCCAAACUGCCCUUCUGGAAUAACGGCACGGAGGAGGCGGGGGGCUGGCAACACGGAUGGCACGGUUAUGAUAAUGAGUUUAUGGACAUGAGGGGAUUCUUUUUGGCACAGGGACCAGACUUCAAGAUGAACUUCCGCGCUGGUCCCAUCCGAACAGUAGAUGUGUAUAAUGUUUUGUGCAAGACGCUGGGGAUCGAACCACUGCCCAACAACGGCUCUAUUGGUGUAUGGAUUUUUGAUAACACAUAG